AUGGUGGAAUUGUACAAUUUCUUCAAGCUUAAAGAGCUUCAGGUACUCGAUCUUUCAGGUAACAAAGUUUUUGUUUCAAAAGCAAACAUCAAUUCAACCCUUCCCAAAUUUUCAUACUUGUACUUGUCUUCUUGCAAUUUGACUGAAUUUCUUGAUUUUCUAAAAGCCCAAAAUAAAUUGCAAAUGUUAGACCUUUCCAAUAACAACAUUGAAGGUAACAUACCUAAAUGGUUUUGGAAUGUUGGAGAAGAUUCAUUGCAAUACCUAAAUCUUUCUUAUAACCUUUUAAGCAAAUUUGAGCAACCUCCAGUAGUUCUUCCUUGGAAAAAUAUAUACCUUUUAGACUUGAGAUCCAACAUGUUGCAAGGGUCAUUUCCUAUUCCCCCAUUGUCUACAAAUUAUUUUUUUGCCUCAAAAAAUAAAUUGACCGGAAGUAUUCCUCCAAUGAUUUGUAAGGUAAAUGCUCUGAAAGUCCCUGAUGUGUCUAAUAACCAAUUGACUGGUCAAAUUCCACAAUGUUUGCUUAACUCAAGCAAUUCGCUUGUAGUAUUGGCUAUGAGAAAUAACCUUUUUCAAGGAAACUUGCCUGAAACAUUCAAAAAUGGAUGUAGUUUGGUGACAUUAGACUUGAAUCACAACCAAAUACAUGGGAAGAUUCCACGAUCACUAGUUAAAUGUCGAAUGCUAGAAGUUUUGAAUCUUGGAAAUAAUAAAUUGAAUGAUACAUUCCCUUUUUGGUUGGAGUCUUUAUCAGAGUUAAAGAUUCUUGUCUUGCGAACAAAUGGAUUCUAUGGUCCUAUAUGGGAUCCUCAUAUAAAUUUUGGCUUGUCCAAGCUGCAUGUCAUUGACCUCUCUCACAACAAUUUCUCUGGCAAGUUACCAUCCAAUUACUUUCAAAAUUGGAGUGCAAUCCAAGGGGUCACUGACAAAUCACAAAUAGGGUACAUGGGAGCUGGCUCCAAUUAUUACAAAGACUCAAUGACUAUAGUGAAUAAAGGAGUAGAAUUGGAAUUGGUAAAAAUAUUGACUAUCUUCACAGCUAUUGAUCUCUAUAACAAUCAGUUUUAUGGAGAAAUUCCAGAUGGCGUGGGGAACCUCAAAGCACUAAUUGUACUCAAUUUAUCAAGCAAUAACUUUACGAGCCAUAUCCCAUCAUCUUUGGGAAACCUAAUUGAGCUUGAAUCUUUGGAUCUUUCUCGAAAUAGCCUCUUUGGUGGAAUCCCUCAGCAGCUAACAAGUCUCACAUUUCUUGAGUAUUUAAACUUCUCUCAAAAUCAACUAUUUGGUCCAAUUCCACAAGGUGGGCAAUUUUUGACAUUUCAAAGUUCCUCUUUCGAGGGAAACUUCGGAUUGUGUGGCUUUCAAUUGUCCAAGAAAUGUGGAAAUAAUGAGAUACCAACUUCUGAAAUGAGACAUGAAUCAUCAUUGGGAGAAGGAUUUGGUUGGAAAGUGGUAGUGAUUGGAUAUGUUUGUGGAUUGGUAAUUGGAUUGCUUACUGGACAUGUUGUCACCUUAAGAAGGAUGGAUUGGCUAGUGAGAUAUUUUGGAGUGAACUUACGUAGGUGA